GUCCACUCUUUCUUUUUCCAUAUUUCUACGCUUCAUUUAUAGCGACUCCUCAGUGUGAUUCUCUCACCCGCUAUAUUGGCUUUUGCAAAUUAGGGUUAGGGUUUCUUCUUCAUUUUUCUAGACAAUGGGUGGUGGCUCUACCAAUCCAGAGGAUGUUGAAGCCAGAGAGCACGAGGAUGAGGGAGCUAAUGCUGGGGCCGAAGAGGAAGACACAGGAGCUCAGGUCGCUCCUAUUGUUAAGCUCGAAGAGGUUGCAGUCUCAACUGGAGAGGAACACGAAGAGGUUUUACUUGAACUGAAGGCAAAAUUGUAUCGAUUUGAUAAAGACGGGAAUCAAUGGAAGGAACGAGGAGUGGGAACAGUGAAGCUUUUGAAGCAUACUGAUACCAGAAAGGUCCGGCUUAUCAUGAGGCAAGCUAAGACAUUGAAGAUUUGUGCAAAUCAUCUUGUUCUUCCAUCGACAUCUGUGCAAGAGCAUGCAGGAAAUGACAAAUCCUGUGUUUGGCAUGCUACUGAUUUUUCUGAUGGAGAAUUGAAGGAGGAGCUGUUUUGCAUCCGAUUUGGAUCUGUUGAAAAUUGCAAGAAAUUCAUGGAGAUGGUUGAAGAGAUCGCUGAGUCUCAAUCCAAGAAAGGCGAAGAAGCCACUGAGGAGGUGACAUCAGCAGCUGAACAGCUGGAGAGUCUUAGUGUUGGAAACAAAAAAGAGGAGGCAAAAGAUGCUGAGAAGUCGGAGGAAAAAGGAGAGAAGACUGAACCCACUAAAUUGGAAACUGAGAAGAAAGAAGAGAAACCUACUGAUGGUGCGUGAAGGGAGCCAAAACCUCUUUUUCAUUAAAUGGUUUUUAGAUCCAUGUUGGCUAUUGCAUCUGAGAGUUUUUCCCGCAUUGUGUGGUGAUUUGGUGAAAAGUAUUCUUUUUUUCAUGUUGAGGCCGCAUAGUUUGGGUCUGUCAAUUUAUAAUAUUGAAGUCGGUUUGAGUUUCAUGUUGGUAUGAGGUGGAGUGAGGUUUGGGUAAUGUGUGCAUCUUGUUUAAAGUCAUGGGAUAUUCGUCCUCGGCUUGGUUGAGAGUCUCAUAUGGUUAAUGUAAAACUUUGUUCAAAUUUUGCUCUUUGUUAUAUUUACUUCAA